AACCAGCUCAGUGAACAAAACACAUAAAAAUGUUCUCCCGAAUCCUGAAACCAAGUCUAGUCUUACGCAGAAGCGUGACCACUUCCGCAUCCUUGCGUUACAAGGAUCCCAUCUACCAUGUUUUUCUGGACAAGGUGCGUGAGUACCGGCUGAAGAGUCCCACCGGAAAGCCCAUAGAUCCUGGUCCGGAAUACGAGGCGGAACUGAAGGAGUCCCUCGAGCGCCUGGCUCUUCAAUACGGCGGCGGUGAGGGCGUUGAUAUGCUAGAGUUUCCCAAAUUCAAGUUGCCCGAUAUAGAUAUUGAUCCGAUUUCGGUUUUGGAAUUACCUGAAAACCAACCCAAGCCGGAGAAAAAAGAUUCCGAAACAGGGGAUGACAAAAAGAAAGAUCAGGAAGUUAAGGCCAAAGAUGAUAAGAACGCAAAGACCCGUGAUAAAGAUAAGAAAGACAAAGAUGACAAGAAGGCGAGUGAAACAAAGGGCAAGGAUGAUAAGGACAAGAAGAAGUAGAGUAUAAAUAAGGAAAUAUUUAAUGAAAAUUAUUA